CCUAACGGGACCCGCGCGUUGUGGUUGGGUUCUGGCAGCGGCCUCUGGAGGUUGAGGUGGAGGACGGGACCCUGCGAUGGUGGCGGUGCUGCGUUACUUCGGUGGUUCCUGCAGACAGGCCCUCGGAGGCUUCCUGGGAGGCUUUUUCGGGUCGUACGGGUCGGCGUUGGGGAGACCCAGGCCUCUGUGCGGUGGUAGCCGCGGCGCCAGCACCAGCUCUUUUGAUAUAGUCAUUGUUGGUGGUGGAAUUGUGGGACUUGCCUCUGCCAGAGCACUCACCCUAAGACAUCCUCAACUUUCAAUUGGCCUUCUGGAAAAGGAGAAGGAUUUAGCUGUUCACCAGACUGGACAUAAUAGUGGUGUCAUACACAGUGGAAUUUAUUAUAAACCAGAAUCUCUGAAAGCUAAAUUAUGUGUAAAAGGUUCCGCCCUCAUCUAUGAAUACUGUAAACAAAAGGGAAUUCCCUACAAGCAAUGUGGCAAGUUAAUAGUAGCUGUUGAUCAAGAAGAAAUUCCCAGACUUCAGGCCCUAUAUGAGAGAGGCCUACAGAAUGGUGUCCAGGGCUUGAGACUGAUCCAACAGGAGGAUAUAAAAAAGAAGGAGCCCUACUGCAGGGGUCUAAUGGCCAUUGAUUGUCCCUAUACUGGCAUUGUGGACUAUCGGCAGGUAGCUUUGUCAUUUGCCCAGGACUUCAGAGAAGCAGGUGGGUCUGUCUUGACCAGUUUUGAAGUGGAAAGUAUUGGAAUGGCUAAAGAAAGUUCUUCAGAGAGUAAAGAAGAGCUGAAAUAUCCAAUUGUUAUAAAGAAUACUAAGGGAGAGGAAAUUCAGUGUCAGUACGUGGUGACAUGUGCGGGACUUUACUCUGACCGCAUUUCAGAGUUGAGUGGCUGCAGUCCUCAUCCUACUAUUGUUCCGUUCCGGGGAGAUUACCUGCUCUUGAAGCCAGAAAAAAGCUAUCUUGUAAAAGGAAAUAUUUAUCCGGUCCCAGAUAGCCGGUUUCCAUUCCUAGGAAUUCACUUCACACCAAAGAUGGAUGGCAGCAUUUGGCUAGGGCCUAAUGCAGUACUUGCCUUUAAACGGGAAGGUUACAGAUUCUUUGACUUCAGUGCCAGAGAUUUUAUUGAAAUAAUCAUGAACAGUGGCUUGAUUAAACUAGUGUUCCAGAAUUUCUCCUAUUCAGUUAAUGAAAUGUAUAAAGCCUGUUUUCUUGCUGUAACAGUGAAGAACCUUCAAAAGUUUAUCCCUGAAAUUACUGUCAAUGAUAUCCAAAGAGGUCCAUCUGGAGUCAGAGCACAAGCCAUGGAUAGAAAUGGAAGUUUGGUAGAAGAUUUUGUAUUUGAUGGAGGUGUUGGGGCUAUUGGAAAUCGCAUUCUUCAUGUGAGAAAUGCACCUUCCCCUGCCGCCACUUCUUCCCUGGCAAUUUCAGAAAUGAUUGCAGAUGAAGUGCAACAAAGAUUUGGAUUAUAACUCUUGAGGGGGCAGGGUUUGAGUUAGUGUCCAUCAACAAGAAUCUACUACUUGCAUUCUCUAAGUAGAACUUAGGAAUGUGGCUUUCAACUCUCACUUGAUGGUCACAUUUUAGGUAACCACUGAAUUAUUAGUAUGAUCUAUCGUAACUAAUAAUUUUU